CUCCGCUGCCGCCAUGGCUCCCGUGAAAAAGCUUGUGGCCAAGGGGGGCAAAAAAAAGAAGCAAGUCCUGAAGUUUACCCUUGAUUGCACCCACCCUGUAGAAGAUGGAAUCAUGGAUGCUGCCAAUUUUGAGCAGUUUCUUCAGGAGAGAAUCAAAGUGAAUGGAAAAGCUGGGAAUCUCGGUGGAGGGGUUGUAACAAUUGAAAGGAGCAAAAGCAAGAUCACUGUAACUUCUGAGGUGCCUUUUUCCAAAAGGUAUUUGAAAUAUCUCACCAAGAAGUAUCUGAAGAAGAACAACCUGCGUGACUGGCUGCGCGUAGUCGCCAACAGCAAGGACAGCUACGAGCUGCGUUACUUCCAGAUUAACCAGGACGAGGAAGAGGAGGAGGAUGAGGAUUGAAACUCGUGUACCUG